CGCUGCGCCCUACCCCCGGCACUGCAGCGGCGCGGCGCUCGUCCCCGGAGGACUCCGUUUGGGUACGGACCCGGGAAGAUGGCGGAGGCGGCGGAGGCUGAGCCCGCCGAGCCCGCCGCCUUCAAGCGCCCGAGCCGCCCGCGGCCCGCCGACCCGGGGCCCAGCCCGCCGGGAGCCCUCCGCGCCGCCGCCGCCGCGCCGCCCGCGCCGCGCUACGAGGAGCCGCCGUGGGGCAGCCGCCCGCCCGCCGGCUCCGGGUACGGGCUGGAGGUGCUGAAGGGCGGCGUGGUGCUGGGCUCGGUGCGGCUGGAGGACAGCAGCUGGUUCCUGGUGGGGCGGCUGCCCGGCUGCGCCCUGUCCCUGGAGCACCCGUCCGUGUCGCGGCACCACGCCGUGCUGCAGUACCGCGGCGCCGGCGGCUCCCCCGACGACCCCGAUGCCGCCGGGUUCUACGUGUACGACCUGGGCAGCACCCACGGCACCUUCCUCAACAAGGCGCGGGUGCCGCCCCGCACCUACUGCCGGGUGCGGGUGGGCCACGGGCUGCGCUUCGGAGGCAGCUCCCGCCUCUUCCUCCUGCAGGGACCCAAAGAGGACCAGGAGUCUGAGUCAGAACUAACUGUGACUGAACUGAAGGCACUACGCAAGCAGCAGCAAGCAAAAUUAGAAAAGACAAUGCUGGGAGAGGACUCUGAUGAGGAAGAGGAGAAAGAGGAGAGAAAUGAAAGGAGUCAGAAUAGUGAGAUGAGCUGCUCAUGGGGAAUGGGUGAGGAUGCUGAGGAGGAUGAGGUUGAAGAAAACCCUAUUGCUGUUGAUUUUCAGGAUGUUCAAGAUGCCUUUUAUGUGAAAGAUCCUAGGAAGGCCUUACAGGGCUUUUUUGAUAGAGAAGGAGAAGAGUUAGAAUAUGAGUAUGAUGAUCGUGGGCACAACAGCUGGCUGUGCAGGAUCAAGUUGCCUGUGGAUGAUGCAUCAGGGAAGCAGCUGGUGGCAGAGGUUCUCCAUUCAGGAAAAAAGAAGGAAGCAAUGAUCCAGUGUGCACUGGAAGCUUGCAGGCUGCUCGAUGCUCGAGGAGUACUGAGGCAAGAAGCAGUAUCCCGAAAAAGGAAAUCAAAGAACUGGGAGGAUGAGGAUUUUUAUGACAGUGAUGAUGACACCUUCCUCGAUCGAACUGGUGCUGUGGAAAAGAAACGACUGAACAGAAUGAAGAAAGCUGGUAAAAUAGAGGAAAAACCAGAGACUUAUGACUCCCUGGUCACAAAGCUAAAAGAAGCAGAAAAUGAGCUUUCUGAGAUAACAGAGAAGCUGAAGGUUUCAGGGAAAGUUCCGUCCCAUCCAGCAGCUCAAGAUUCUUUGGAUGAAUUCAUGACUGAAAUAAAAUCAGGAUGCACAUUAGACAGCGUGGCACGAAAGAAGCUUCACUUGCGAACUUUUGAACUGAGGAAGGAGCAGCAGAGACUGAAAGGGUUAAUAAAGCUUGUCAAGCCUGCAGAACUGCCUGAGCUGAAGCCCCAGGGUGGGAGUUACAGUCUGAAUGCAGAGAACAAGCCUAAAAAGAUGAACCUGCCUCUCUUUGGUGCAAUGAAAGGGGGGAGCAAAUUCAAGCUGAAAACUGGAAGCCUAGGGAAGGUGCCUGUUAAGCGCCCAGACAUCCCUGAAAGCUUGUUCAAAACUAAAGAUGAUGGACCAGAGGAGGAGGAGGAAGAAGAAGAAGAAGAAAUUGAAGAGCAGCAAGAAGCAGAUUCAGUAAACAGCAGGGUGUCAGACCUGGAAAUGAAAAUGUCAACAGAGAAAGAAACAGAGAAAGAAACUCAUGCUCCUGAUGGCUCUCCUUGCAAUAACAAAAAUCUAGAAUCCCUUCAGGACGGGGUUGAUUUUCUGCCUGAGCCAAAGGUACUGAGGAAUGAAUCUCAGACGGGACCCUCACAAGAGAAAUCCCAAGCAUCCAAGGUCGGAAAUAAGGAACCUGAAGAGACAUCUGAGAAAGUGAAGAAAAUCAGUAGCUCGAGCAAGGCCCAACAACCUUUUUUUUCCUCUCAGUACCCAGAUGAUGAUCCAGACUACUGCAUAUGGAUUCCUCCUGCAGGUCAAAGUGGUGAUGGCAAGACUCAUCUCAAUGAAAAAUAUGGCUACUAAACUUGCAGUACCCCAGAGUGCAUCUCAGGCUUGAAGGACUGCUCUGUUUUGGACUCUUUCUCUACACAUUGAGUGACAGAUAAGAGACUUGGAUUUUCAGAUGCUGUUUAAAUUCAAGGGCAGCAGCAGCUGCUCUGGCUCUUAGCUCUCCCAGUGUGUCCUGUUUGUUUUCAAGAUACUUUUUUAAAAUAAAAGCUCACACAUUCUUCUGCCUCUUCUUUCAUUUUUAGCCUUGUUUGGUUUUUUUAAAUUUGGCUUGAAACUGUAAGCUCAUUUUUCCUUUUGUAAAUAAAAGUAGACAAAAAUAUUAAAAGAAUACACCUCUGUAUAGUUACAGGCUUGAUAAAAUUUAUUCAUAUUGGGUUUAUGCAAUUAAAAUAAGAAACACUACUGGUUUGUUUUUGUGGCUGCUGUUUGAAAAUACUGUCAUAGUAAACACAACUAAAACUUGA